GAAAAUGAAAUCCAAGAAGAAUGAGAAGACAAAUGCAGAAAAAGUAUCAGUUUAUGUGCCGGGUAUCCCAGAGCCAACAAGCAGAGCUGAGCUCAUCCAGCACUGGAUUAAUUUGUCUUUGGAUGAUAAGACUGCCAACAAGAUGUUGUGGAUUUCUGAAAAUGGGUCUAAGGUGUGUCGUAGAACUGAGGAGGUUUGUCCUGUCCUGGAUAGACCAGAGAGAUACGAGUACUCUCCACAGGUGUUGUGCAAAGAAGGCAUCUGGAACAUGAGGGCUUACUGGGAGGUAGAAACCUCAGGGUGGGUGGUAAUUGGAGCUACCUAUGAAGGAGCAGGAAGGAGGGCAAAUUCUGGGCCUAGUGGCCUGGGAGAGAAUGAUGAGUCCUGGGGUCUUUGUUGGUCAGGGACGCGUUUCCAGAUUUGGUUCAAUGGUGUAAACAAGGACAUAAACAAUGUCCCAUUUUACUCCACAAUUGGAGUUUACGUCGACCAGCCUGCAGGGAUUAUAAACUUUUAUGCUGUAACUGGUGAAGGAGCAGAGAGGGAGGUUAAGCUGUUGUAUAAAGUUAAGACUACUAUUGAGAAGAAGAUUCUUCCAGGUUUCUGGAUGGGAAUUGAGUCCUCAUGCAGGAUACUGAGGAAAAUAGAAUGAACAGCUGUAGCUAAAAGUGAACAAAUCUAUCUAUUGAGCAGUCAGGUCUUGACAGGAGUGGCUAAUGUUUUAUUCACAUAUUGCUAUAAUUCUAAUUUAACUCCUAAAAUAGAUUUUAGUCACAUAUAUUAAAACUACAUACAUUAAUCAAAUAUGCAUCAGUGCUAUUCUCUUUGGGACUUGGUAAAACACAUUUUAUAUAUAUACUUAGAGUUAGGAGCUAUUUGUAUGUUUUGCUGUUACGACAUAGCCAAUGUUGGCAUCAACAGUAGAUUACCUACCAGUCUAGAGAAAACUUGAGUCAAGCAUCAAACUUCAUUCCUUUACUUGCCAAGAGCUGUCUCCAGCAGUGGAAAACAAUGGCAUUGUUUUGCUUUUAGUUCUGUCACUUCUUUUCCUCUACUGAAGUUAGCAUGCUAAACAGCUAGCCCAAACCUCAUCCAGCCUGUCUCGAUUUUCCAAUCACUAUAGAGUCCACGCUGCCCUGGUAGUGGUGCUGCUUAGAGGACAUAUUCUAACUUUCUUGUAUUGUAAAUACAAUGACGGCAGAAACUUUUAGCAAGCGACCAUCACCACCAGCUGCUCCUGGCAAAAAACUAUUUACAGAUGGCAAAUAUUUUUCUAUUUUUGUCUACUUCUUAGUCUGAUACACCUUUAUUGUGUAUUGUGUGCCUAG